UCAAUAAAAUUAAUAUUAAUAAUGAUAAUAUUGCCGGAAGUUGUACAGCGCAUGCGUCACGUGUUCAUCAUCAGCAUCCAUGACAACCGUCCUGUGGGUGUUGUUUGAAUCUCGCUGUGUCGAUUGGCAUCUGAUCUCUGCGUCCUCCGUGACAAUUUUUCCAGAUUAUCGAUAUUAUUGAUCGUUGGAUACGUCGAUUGAUCGCCUGCUGUUCCCAUCACUCAGGUUUGACCCUUUUUAUUACGCUGUGCUUUGUGUUUGUGUUCAGUAUGUCUUGUGUUCACUACAGGUUCCAGAGUCGACUCACCUACGACUCGCUCCAGUUUGAAGGCCUCAACAUCAGCGCGGGGGAGCUGAAGCGGCAGAUCAUGAGGAGCAAGAGGCUGAAGUUCUGCCAGCUGAAGAUCAGCAACGCCCAGACUGAUGAAGAAUACACAGAUGAUGCUCUCAUCCCUAAAAACACGUCGGUCAUCAUCAGACGGAUCCCUGCGGCGGGACUGAAGUCCUCAAACAGAAGAUUUGUUGGACAUCAAGCUGGACGCUGGCGUGAACCUUCACCUAGAGCUGAUCCUUCACUCCUCUCACUGGAGCAGUUGUUGAAGACUGAGAAUCUGGCUGAGGCAAAGGCGUCAGAGGAGGACAAGCUGAAAGCGGUGAUGUACCAGUCCAGCCUGUGCUACUACUCCAGCAGGGCAGCCGCUCCGCGCCGCACAAGCGCAUCCGGAAGAGCACAGGGAUUCCCCGCAGCUUCCUGUUGGAGGUGGACGACCCAGACCGAAAGGGAGUCAUGAUAGACGGCAGCGGCCGAUACGUCAUUCCCAUCAUAGACGCUGAGGCCUAUGCUGCUGAGAAGAGAAAGAGGCCGACCUUCUCCUGCCAGACCGAGCCUUUGCCCUCCUCGUCCUCAGCAGGUGCGGCAUCUUCGGUCCGGGACGCCGGAGGGAAACGGUCCCGCUCCCCAUCUUCACCAGAGACGCGCGGCGACCAGAAGAGACCACGUCGCUGAGAGACCUUCAUGCAAGAGACCUGGAGCCGACGUGUAAAUAUUGUACAUAGUUUAUUAAUAAAAGAUAAUAAAGAUUAUAGCCGCAUGAA